UCUUUUGUCACAGAAGGCGAAAAAGGAUUCUUGUGGAAAGCACGUUGUUCUGUUCUGUUUUUCAGAAUUAGGAUUGGACAGCUAUGAGUUCUUCAAAGAAAUCUGAUGAAUCGAUCGACGAAAAAAUUGAAAAAGUGAUCAUCAAGCGACAGAUCACAUUGUUACAAGGCGUAGCCAUUAUUGUAGGAAUCAUAAUUGGCUCUGGUAUUUUUGUGUCUCCAGUGGGAAUAUUGAAAGAAACCAAGUCUGUAGGCUUUUCCUUGGUAAUGUGGGUUGUGUGCGGUAUUUACAAUACCCUCUGUGCGAUAUGUUAUGCAGAGUUAGGAACUACCAUUCCAGAAUCGGGUGGAGAGUAUGUCUACAUCAAAAGAGCGUUUGGAGACAUACCUGCAUUUAUCUGUCUAUGGAUAAACUUUCUGCUUAUAUGUCCAGUUGGUAUUGCUGCCUCAGCAUUGAUAUUUUCCCUCUACAUCCUCAAACCCAUGUUUCCAGACUGUGAAAUACCAGAAGAGGCCUUGGCAUUGCUGGCUGCUUGUAUAUUUUGUCUGUUAAUUGCAGUGAACUGUCGUAAUGUAAAAUGGGCAGCCAAAGUUCAAGUAGUCAUCACUUUAAGCAAGCUGAUAGCUCUUGCUAUUAUCAUUGUCAUUGGAAUGUACUACAUCAUUGGAAAGGGAGAAACAGAAAAUUUUGAGAAUGCAUUUGAGGGUAGUGACUACAGUGCUGGAGCGAUUGCGAUUUCAUUUUAUUCAGGAUUUUGGGCCUAUAGUGGAUGGAGUUACUUGAAUUUCUUGGUCGGAGAACUAGUUGAUCCUAACAGAAAUUUACCGCGAGCCAUCCUUAUUUCCAUGACUUUAGUGAUUGUGACGUAUUUAAUAGCCAACGUAGCCUAUCUGGGAGUCCUGAGUCCAGUAGAAAUGCUCAAAUCACCAGCUGUCGCUGUGACUUUUGGGGAAAGGACAAUGGGUGUUAUGGCUUGGUUGAUGCCAGUAUUAAUAGCAGUGUCUGUUAGUGGUACUAUGAAUGGUACUGCUUUGAGUAUGUCCAGGUUGUUUUUUGUGGGAGCCCAGAAUAAACAGUUUCCUACAUUUAUGUCAAUGAUUGACGUGAAAAGGAUGACACCUUCACCCUCCCUGCUUGUCAUUCUUCUUUUGACGAUGCUAUAUGUCUCGUCCAAAGAUAUCUUUUUUCUGAUCGAGAUGGAGGGAUUUGGAUUUGCUUCUGUCCUGACCAUGGUGUUUGCAGGACAGAUUUAUAUGAGGUAUAGGGAGCCUGAUAUUCCCAGACCAAUCAGGGUAAGGUCAUCCACAACCAAAGGAAUUCAUAGUACAGUUAAACUCCUUUAGUACGAACACGGAUAU